CUUAGAACUACCUUGGUUGGCAUCACCAGGCCCUGAGAGCACAGUGCAUGCCAGCAUUGAAGAUCCCACUUUUCAAAAUGAAGGACCUGGUACUGAUCCUGUGCCUCCUGGAAAUGAGUUCUGCAGUGCCGGUGUUUCCUCAGCAACCUGGGACACCAGGCAUGGCUAGUUUGAGCCUUGAGACAAUGAGACAGUUGGGAAGUUUGCAGGGAUUAAAUAUGCUCUCUCAGUAUUCAAGAUUUGGCUUUGGGAAAUCAUUUAAUUCUUUGUGGCUGCAUGGUCUCCUCCCACCACAUUCCUCUUUUCCAUGGAUGAGACCAAGAGAACAUGAAACUCAACAGUAUGAAUAUUCUUUGCCUGUGCAUCCCCCACCUCUCCCAUCGCAGCCAUCCCUGCAGCCUCAACAGCCAGGACAGAAACCUUUCCUCCAGCCCACCAUUGUAACCGCAGCGAUGCAGAACACUGGCCAGAAGGGAGGACCUCAGCCUCCGGUUUACCAGGGACGGCCGCCCUUGCAGCAAUCAGAGGGGCCAAUGGUUGAACAGCAGGUGGCACCAUCAGAAAAGCCAACAGAGGCCGAGCUACCAGAAAUGGAUUUUCCCGUUCCACAAGAUCCACCGAUGUUCCCAAUAGCCCGUUUGAUGACUCAGGGACCGAUGCCACAAAGUAAACAAUCUUCACUUUAUCCAGGAUUGUUUUACAUGUCCUAUGGAGCAAAUCAAUUGAAUGCUCCUGGGAGACUUGGCAUCAUGAGCUCAGAAGAAAUGGCGGGAGGCAGAGGAGGCCCCAUGGCCUACGGAGCCAUGUUCCCAGGAUUUGGAGGCAUGAGGCCCAGCCUUGGAGGGAUGCCCCCCAAUCCAGGCAUGGGCGGGGACUUUACUCUGGAAUUUGACUCUCCAACCGCUGCAACCAAAGGCCCUGAGAAAGGAGAAGGAGGUCCACAAGGCUCCCCCAUGACGGAGGCGGACCCAGCCAACCCGGAAAACCCAGCUCUCCUUUCCGAGAUCGCGUCUGGUCCCCUCGGAGGCCUUCUUGCUCUCCCUCAAGGCAGUGUUCCCCGCCUGGCAAGGGGCCCUGCAGGGCACAGCAGGGGACCCCCCAGGGUCACCCCAGCAGCCGCAGACCCACUAAUGACCCCUGGAUUAGCUGAUGCUUAUGAGACCUACGCUGCUGAUAUGACCACACCCCUGGGUCUCGAGGAAGAAUCGACCACGGAUACCACGGUGACCUCAGAGAGUCCGCAAACGUCGAUGCCAGGAAACAAGGCCGAGCAGCCCCAGCUUGUGCGUGAUGCGUGGCGUUUCCCAGAGCCCUGAGAGCCUUGCCAUAUCAGCUACCUUCUGUAUGCACAAGCUCCCCGGCUUUGUCCCCAUAGUAUAUCUUUUUGCUAAAACACUUAUUACCCUUCUACAGCAAAGGCAUUAAAAGUGCUGAGCAUAUAUUAAUAAAUACA